UUUACUGUGUGCGCAUGCGCAGAAGGAGCACGUGAAUUAAAAUGGCUGACGUUAAAGAGAAUGGGGAAAGUGAAUCAAGAAAGAGAAGAAGAGGAUUUGAUUCAGGAGUGGAUGAAAUGCCGGAGAUGGAGCAGACGGGGGAACUGGUGACACCUGCUACCCUCCCAAAGCUGGACAGCAAUCAGAGACACGCCCUGAGCUUAGCAAAGAAAUACGCUCAAGAAAUUACAGCAAAACAUCAACAAGCGAAGCAGAGUGAAGUACAAGUUCAGCAGAUGCAGUCAUUGCAGGAGGCAGCCAACCAGCAAAGAGCACUACUACUCAUGAGCCGUAUAUACAUUG